CAACGAUCGAGUUGCGGUUCAAGCGCCGUUCCGACCAGACGUGUCCAAAGUGUCACAAGCUAUCCGGGAUUUGUUGAGAAAUCAGUGUGCUGGAAUGAGAUUAGAAUGGAUCCCGACAACGAUAUCUAUGCCUUCUACGACAUUAGGGAGUACAAGGGGAAAUGUAGACCGGGCAGGCCGAUCUCGGAACGAAUCCUGCAACCGCGAAUGUCACUCCUAGGGAAGCCGCUCAACUACAAUCGCGGCACCCGCCGCGAUGUUCGCUACCGGCGCCUCCAGAGCCGCCUCUACAACUUCCUGGAGCGACCGCGGGGCCUGCACGCCAUAUUCUACCAUGUUAUGGUAUUCCUGAUGGUGUUCACCUGCCUGGCUCUGAGCGUAUUCUCCACCAUCAAGGAAUACGAGGAGGACGCCGUGUACAUCCUGUUCCGGAUGGAGAUUCUGGUUGUCAUCUGGUUCACGAUGGAGUUCGGGGCCCGCCUGUGGUCCUCGGGCUGCCGAUCGCGGUACCAGGGCUGCAUAGGGCGGCUCAAGUUCGUCAAGCGACCAUUCUGUAUUAUAGACAUAGUCACCAUUUUAGCUUCAAUUGUAGUAUUAGGCAUGGGCACUUCCGGUCAGGUGUUCGCCACAAGUGCCCUGCGAGGACUGCGGUUCUUUCAGAUCCUGCGGAUGGUGCGCAUGGAUCGACGGGGCGGCACCUGGAAGCUGCUCGGUUCGGUUGUUUACGCACACAGACAGGAGCUGAUCACAACCAUGUACAUAGGAUUCUUAGGUCUAAUAUUUGCAUCAUUCCUGGUCUAUAUGUGGGAGAAGGACGUCAAUGAUAAGUUCAGUAACUUCGCACAGGCUUUAUGGUGGGGUGUGAUUACACUCUGCACGGUGGGAUAUGGAGACAUGGUGCCGAUCACCUGGCAGGGCAAGCUGAUAGCCUCCUGUUGUGCUCUGUUGGGAAUAUCCUUCUUUGCACUACCAGCGGGAAUCCUGGGCAGUGGUUUUGCCUUGAAGGUCCAGCAGCAGCAGCGGCAGAAGCACAUGAUCCGGCGACGCCAGCCGGCUGCCACUCUCAUCCAGGCCGUGUGGCGAUGCUAUGCGGCCGACGAGCAUUCCGUGUCGGUGGCCACAUGGAAGAUCCAUCAGGUGGCCUUGCCCAGUCCGCCGGCCUCACGGGCCUCGUCCAGCUUUAAGCACAACACGUCCUUCGUGGCCCGGCUGCCCACCAUCCGGCGGCACAAGAGCCAAACGAUCCAGACUCCGGGCGGUGGCGACGGCACCGGAAUGUCCAAGCCCCCGGGCUCGUCACGGGCCUCCACCCGCUACACCCGCACCAUUCGGGACAUCAAUGCGUCCGUGGAGAAUCUGGAGGUAGUACAAAACGGCAAAUCCAUGAAUCCAAGUUUCAGCGAGGAUUCGGUUGCUGAAACCACUUGCUUAAAAAAUAUUAAAAAUUCAGACGCCAGCCAGCCGCCAGAGUCGCUGGCCAACUGCAAGCUCAGCUCCAGUGCCGGCUCCUUGGCCCAGUUUCCCGAUCCGGAACCAGCCAUCCAGGUCCAUGUGGUUUCCGAUCGGGAUGCAGGCCAGGUGCCGGUCAAGAGCGAGCCUAGCUCCAGAAACCUUACCAUUCCGGUGGUGCUCUACGGUUUUCUGCACGGAAACUUCUUCGGCUCGACGUUGUCGCUGCGUGGCUCGCGAGUGGCUCCUGCCAACGACCGGGACGUGGAGGCUGGGGGCCACCAGGAGGAGGAUAAGCCAGGAGAAGAUGCCUGCCGGCGCAGCAACACAUUGCCCUUGCCCGGCAUCAGCCGGCGGAGUCCCAGUUCGAGUCCUAACCGGAGUCCUGGCAGCGGACGCACGGGUCGCUUUUUUGCGGCAGCCUCGCAUUUCCUGGAGACCGGAUUCUCGCACAGUGCCACCUCUGGAGGCGGUGGUGGUGGUGCAAGCUCAAAUGUGGCAAAUGAGGAUGAGGAGCCGCGCUGCACCCAGCUAACCAACCGGCACAAGACCGCCAUCCGAUUCAUACGCAAGCUCAAGUACUUUGUGGCUCGUCGGAAGUUCAAGGAAGCCCUGAAGCCCUACGAUGUCAAGGAUGUCAUGGAGCAAUAUGCAGCAGGUCAUGUGGACUUGUUGGGUCGCGUAAAGAUGCUACAUUUGCGAUUGGAUCAAAUCCUAGGCAAACAAGGCUCCAAGGCCAAGGAUGUCUAUGCUUCUAAAAUAAGCUUAGCCUCCAGAGUGGUUAAAGUCGAACGGCAGGUCGCUGAUAUAGAAGAGAAGCUGGACGUGCUGAUCAAGGCGUAUAUGGAGGAUCGUGAUAGAUUCCUGGCUCUUCCCUUGCCAGCCAAGCCCAAAAUACAUUCCAUUAGUCCUAACCACAAGCCCCUGCACCACGCCCACAACCUGGCCAUGAUCGAUGUGUGGAAACGCACUGCGGCACUCAGUGUCCAUCCGGAGCAGGUGACCACCACCCCGGUGGUGAGUGCCUCUCUCACCGAUGGCUCCGAGCUGAAGUCCCUGACGGCCACACAGACGGCGACCACGACCACGGAUGCGAUAGCCACACAAACCCCAUUGCCGCCGCACAUGCAGCAUACAGCGACCAAUACAAAGUCUUCCGUGCUUAACUCAUAUCAGCUGGGGUCUGAGAAGCAGCAGCACAAUGAUGUUUUUUUGACUGAAUUAGAGAAUAGAACCAAAAAACGUGUUACGUUAAGCCUACAAAGAUCCACAUCGGAGCCAUAUAGCAAGCAGGAGCAACGCAUCAACAUACCCGAUGAGGGUGCUGAAUCCCUGGACAGCAGUGCAAAGCCAACGCCGCCAGAUAGUUCAAUUAUACUAAUCGAUGAGUACGAGGAUUUCGAGGAGGAGGACCUCAACUGUGAAGGCGAAAUGGAACACUUCCCCUCCUGGGAGAUCGACAGUGAUAUUGGGGUCGAUGUGGACGUGGAUGCGGACGCCGACGGUGACUGCGAUGAAUCCACUGAGGACACGGCCCUGCUGCAGUGCGCCACGCGUACUGCCAUUGUUAUAACACCAAUUAGCCCAGUAAGCUCCGCACACAAUCUUCAGCAGUUAAAUGACCAAACUACAACGCUUAAUAAAUCAAAUUUGCUUCCGCCAGACUCUGGCUAGUUAAUGCAAUUGAAAUGUUAGCUUAUGUUAUCACUAGAAUUAUAUUAUGUACUACUGAAUACAUGUUAAUGUCAUUUUCGGACAUCAUUUGUGUUCAUGGAUAGCAAACAAAUGAAAAUCAAACCAAUAAAUCUGCUUUAGCAAAACAAUUUUAAAUUAAA